CAAGGUUCCGGGAGCUUGUUAGCGUCUCCAACCUUACAUCUGAGUGACUAAGGGAGUCCAAGAUAAAGGUCAUGGGUGGAAUCAUGGGCUGAGAGUUCUAAAUGGAACUCUGGUGCAUAGAUGUUCCUUAUCAGAAUGAGUGGAUCUCUCAAAACUUGAAGUGGAUGAGGCAGAAGGUCUCAUGGCAGAAUGGAGGGAUUUAUUGACACCACAUCUUUUUGCUCUGGACCCAUAUAUUUCUUUGAUCAGUUAAAACCUAAAGUAAGAAAAUGGAAAAGGGAAACACUGGAAGACCAAUUCUUGGACCCAAAGGCGAAGGAUGAUGUUGAAGAGCUUGUCCAGAACCUUGAACAUCUCAGUCACAAAACUGAACAAUCAACAGAACCAGAGAGUACCCAAGAGAACAUGAUAACUUUACAUGCGGGAGAAGACAAGUCCUACACACUCAUCAACUCAGAACCUCCUCGUACUUCCAAGUGCCCUCCAGACUCUAAAUUCUCCAAAUCGUACUUGCAUAACACCCUCUUUGAAGAGUACAAACUCAUCGCUUCUGAAAUACUCUGUGAACUUGAGAAGACAUUGAAGAGGUAUGCUCACGAUGGCAUGGAUUUCCCAGUGGGACUCAUCAAUCUCAUGGCUUACAGCUGGCAAGAUCUGACUGAAGACUCUGAUAAAAAUGUAUCCCCAAAGAAAAUGUUGGGACCAGACAGAAACUUGGAAGGGGAUCCCAGAACCAUGACCGUUAUCGACAUGAAGGAAUGCAAAAUCAGCCCAGAUGCAAAGGAACACCCUCCAGAGGAGAACCAACUGGUUAAAGCUAGAAAAGUUUCCAGGGCGGUACGGAACAAACCUUCAGGAAAAACGUCUUUAGUCGGUCGUAACCAUGGGUCUCAAGACGGUGUACCCAGAAUCAUUCACUUUUCACUAACAUCCAAGAUCUGCUUUGAAAAUGGUUGGAUUCCUUGCUCAAAAUGGGAAAUUCAGAAAUUGAAGGCAGACCUCAGUACAGCCGUGAAGAGACUGCAGAUCACCAUAGUUCAAAUAAAAUUGGAAGAAGCUAAACAAAAAAGAGAUGGAUUCAACAAACAGCUGAUCAUGCAUCACUACAAUGACCCGGGAGAAGAGGAGGAGAUGGCAGAGUCCCCCCAAGAACCCCAGGCUUUCUGGAUGGAGCUGCUAGUGGGGAAGCCUCAGAUGCCAGGCAUGGGAGAGGCCAACCCAGAGAUGAAGAAGUUCCAUUAUGCCCUGGUAGAUGGCUCGUCUCUGACUUACUAUCCUUCCGGCCGCUUAGCUGUCUGCCAGAGUUACUCUGACCUUCCUUGGGGUGGGCUGUACACCAACAUAUUCAGCGACUGUCCGGAUCCUGUUGUCCUGGGAACCUUUACACCCUUUGGAUGUGGUAGCAUUUCUUUUCCUCAUAGGAAAGUCAUAGCAAUGAUGUUUAAUCAGGACGGAGGCAUAUUGAUCAACAAAAAAGGAAACAUCAUAAGGGAAUGGAUGUGGCCUUCAAAGGGAAAAAUUGAAGAUCCAAUUGAAAUUGGGGUAAAUAAAUACAUCACUGUGACUAUUUCCGGGCGCUUUGCCAUCUCCUUGAUCUACAAAUGGCAUCCCCAAAGCCUGAAGCUGUCACUGGCACCUGUCAAAUACAAGCCUCCCCAUUUACCCGAUAAGUUGUUCCCUGACAUCAACCCCUCUUCCCGAGAUGCUAAGGAAAUGCUGGCGACCUACAAAAGAAAAUGCAGGCUGCUGGACUUCAUGACCCAGAGCAAAGACGCUUCAAGUUUAGCAGACCCAGUGGACACAGACCCUGAUGAUCCAGGAACGGACAUCAGCCUUAUGCACGACCUUGUGACAUCCAUCAAACUAAGCAGAAUACAGAAGAAGAUUAAGCACAUCCUCCUUCACUGGCUGAAUUACUACAGAUCCACAUUGGGACUGGAAUCGCUACAUGUUUGCAGACUGCCCAUGUUUGCAAAAAAAGUCAUCAGAAAACCAGAGGUGAAGUUUACAAUACCUGCUCUGAGUCGAAAUGCAGAGGAAGCACAUUGGCACAAGGAGUAUCUCCGACACAGAAAUACCUUCCUGACGAUGAGGGAGUUCUUCAAGCCUUCACCUUACCACAGGACCUCAUCCAUCAGCCAGUGUUCCCGGCUUCCUCUUCUCGAGAAAAGGAAGGAUUUGUGUCUUUCUUCCCAGCUGGCUUGUCCUGUAGUUCUGAGGAAGACCAUGUGUGGGGAGAAAGGGGACAUGUGCAGAUGUAGCAACCAAGUUAUCCCCGAAGUGACAGACCUAGAGUAUGACAACCUCAUAAGCAACCAGCUGUCCCAUAUGGAUCAGAUCAUUGUAGUCUGUGUGUUCUCAGCUAAGGAAGAGGACAAGACUAUUGAAGAAGUGACUGACCUGUACCAGGAGAUAAGCAAAUUCAGAAACAUGCCUUGCAUUCAGAGUCAAUUGGAUUCCUUUCGGUUGCUCAAAUACGAUGUCACAUCUGCAUCUAAGUUUACGGAAGCUGAUUGCCCACUCCUAGUUCGAAGACACAACCUCACCCCGGGAAUUUUUUUGAGAGCACUUUUGAUGAAUGACUCUACAAGAGGUCCCAUGGAGGAACAUCCCAGCCCUGCUACUGGACACUCAAAAGAAGCACAAAGCGACAGAAAAUACAUGUGCUGUGUGUGGAUGAGUGCCAGCCUGGAGAAGCGGUGACUUGAAACCUACACUUAGCAAGAAGAUGUACAUUCGAGGAAAAUUACUCUUUGCCAACUUUAUUUUCAAUGGUUACAGCACAUCUAUUAAUGACCUUCAAAAGCA